UCGUAAUAUCAACAUGAACAGCAUGAACUCAUUCGGAAUACUUAAUAUUCUACACUGUUGGAUUUAAUUAGCACUCCAGUGUCACAAACAGCAGGAAAACGUCUAUCUGCAUCACCGAGAAAGUACAUUUGAAGCUUGGUACAGCUAAGAGGAUCUGUAUUAUCGAGAAAAAGAGCAAAGCUGGAGUGUCUGGAAUGGCAGGAGGACGGAGAGGAUCCAACCGGACGACAUACUGUCGUUCUCCACUUGGCAGCGAGACAGGAUCUUUCAGCAAUGGCAACCACUCAAACAGCUCACCUGUAACUGGUGCGAGGUCACGCACAAGGAACGGUUCAGGAACAGGCAUGCCCAGCCCUCCUCUUGCUACGCAGACGGUGGUCCCUUUAAAACACUGUAAAAUUCCUGAGCUCUCUGUGGACCGAAACGUCUUGUUUGAGUUGCACCUCUUCAUCUGCCACCUUAUUGCACUCUUUGUGCAUUAUGUUAACAUCUACAAGACUGUGUGGUGGUACCCGCCUUCACACCCUCCUUCACACACAUCACUGAACUUCCAUUUAAUUGAUUACAACAUGCUGGUGUUCACCAUCAUCGUGUUGGCACGCAGGCUGAUUGCCGCCAUAGUAAAAGAGGCGUCUCAGAGCGGGAAGUUAUCGUUCCCUCACUCUGUCUUUCUGGUGACGGCUCGCUUUGCUGUUUUAACCCUCACAGGCUGGAGUCUGUGUCGGUCACUCAUACACUUGUUCAGGAAGUACUCAGUACUCAGCCUUCUCUUCCUCUGCUAUCCGUUUGGGAUGUACAUCCCUUUCUUUAAGCAGAGCGGAGACGAACGCUUCACCCCCAUCACCUCUGUCGGCUCCAGAGAAGCAGGAGCUAGCGUGGGCUUUUUCUCAGGAAAAGAUUACCUCUCAAUGCUGAAAGAGACGUGGAAGCAGCACACGAGCCAGCUGUAUGGUGCCCAGUCCAUGCCCACUCAUGCCUGCUGUCUCUCACCAGACCUCAUUCGCAAAGAGGUCGAGUUUCUCAAGAUGAACUUCAACUUGAGGAUGAAGGAGGUGCUGGUCAGCUCCAUGCUCAGUGCGUACUACAUCGCCUUUGUGCCUGUUUGGUUCGUCAAGAGCACACAGUAUGUGGACAAGCGCUGGUCAUGUGAGCUCUUCAUAUUGGUGUCUGUGAGCACAUCAGUGAUCCUAAUGCGCCACCUGCUCCCACCCCGCUACUGCGACCUGUUACACAAAGCUGCUGCUCAUCUGGGCUGCUGGCAGAAAGUGGAUCCUUCACUCUGCUCCAACGUCCUGCAGCACAUAUGGACAGAAGAGUACACGUGGCCACAAGGAGUUUUGGUAAAACACAAUAAAAAUGUAUAUAAAGCCACAGGGCAUUAUAACGUAGCAGUACCCUCAGACGUCUCGCAUUAUCGUUUUUAUUUUUUCUUUAACAAGCCUCUUCGAAUAUUGAACAUCCUCAUCAUCUUGGAAGGAGCGAUGAUCUUUUAUCAGCUAUACUCAUUAAUGUGUUCAGAAAAAUGGUACCAGACCAUAUCAUUAGCUCUAAUCCUUUUUAGCAAUUACUAUGCUUUCUUUAAACUGCUCAGAGACAGAAUUGUGUUGGGGAAAGCGUACUCAUACUCUGCUUCAUCAGAUCACAAAGUCAGCUAGAUGAGCUAAAUCACUGUCGACAAGCAGUAGGAAACAGCAAGCGUGCACAAGAGCUUUUUAUUUUUUGUAUAAUUACAUUGUUUUGUCACUCUGUUUAUGCUUCGAUCUCCCAGGAAAUAAAAAGAACAAUAUUUUUUUAUU